AUGCCCCCCGCAGCUGUGAUGCCCUCCGUAGCUGUGGUACCCCCCGCAACUGUGGUGCCCCCCGCAGCUGUGAUGCCCCCCGCAGCUGUGAUGCCCUCCGUAGCUGUGGUGCCCCCCGCAACUGUGGUGCCCCCCGCAGCUGUGAUGCCCCCCGCAGCUGUGAUGCCCUCCGUAGCUGUGGUGCACCCCGCAGCUGCGGUGCACCCCGCACCUGUGGUGCCCCCCGCAGCUGUGAUGCCCCCCGCAGCUGUGAUGCCCUCCGUAGCUGUGGUGCCCCCCGCAACUGUGGUGCCCCCCGCAGCUGUGAUGCCCCCCGCAGCUGUGAUGCCCUCCGUAGCUGUGGUGCCCCCCGCAACUGUGGUGCCCCCCGCAGCUGUGAUGCCCUCCGCAGCUGUGAUGCCCUCCGUAGCUGUGGUGCACCCCGCAGCUGCGGUGCACCCCGCAGCUGUGGUGCCCCCCGCAGAUGUGAUGCCCCCCGCAGCUGUGAUGCCCUCCGUAGCUAUGGUGCCCCCCGCAACUGUGGUGCCCCCCGCAACUGUGGUGCCCCCCGCAGCUGUGAUGCCCCCCGCAGCUGUGAUGCCCCCCGCAGCUGCGGUGCACUCCGCAGCUGUGGUGCCCCCCGCAGCCUUGAUGCCCCCCGCAGCUGUGAUGCCCUCCGUAGCUGUGGUGCCCCCCGCAACUGUGGUGCCCCCCGCAGCUGUGAUGCUCCCCACAGCUGUGAUGCCCUCCGCAGCUGUGAUGCCCUCCGUAGCUGUGGUGCACCCCGCAGCUGCGGUGCACCCCGCAGCUGUGGUGCCCCCCGCAACUGUGGUGCCCCCGCAGCUGUGA